GGAAGGCCUGCCGCUAGUUACCCCGCCCUCAGUGACAACCCUGAUGCACCCCGGCAGAUCCCCAGAAGUCUGCUCUAGCGAUUCCUGGGCUUAAACCGCUGCUGCUUGGGAGCCGUGGAGGAACCUGAUCUGUAAACUUUUAUUACUUACCUUACGGGGCGGUCCGGAAGGUCAGCUACAGCACGAGCAGAGCUCACAGUUGAUAAACAAAGGGCUCCCUACGGCCUUGGCUCUCAUUCUUCAGCAUUGCUAGAAGACGCAGUUCUCUACAGAGACAGUUCCAUCCUGGAAGCCCUUCACCUAAAAGACCCUGUGAAGCCAGAUAAUGCCUGUUGACUUAGGGCAGGUCCUGGGCCUGCAGCCUUCUCUGGCCAAGGCCAAAGCUGAGGAUGCCACAUUCUGUGAAUCAGAUGCUAACCAGGAAAGAGAGCUCACCAACGCUGAGACUGCUCGCCAGCUUUUCAGGCAAUUUCGUUACCAGGUGAUGUCUGGGCCCCAGGAAACGCUGAGACAGCUUCGGAAGCUCUGUUUCCAGUGGCUACGGCCAGAGGUUCACACCAAAGAGCAGAUCCUGGAGAUCCUCAUGCUGGAGCAGUUUCUGACCAUCCUUCCCGGGGAGAUCCAGAUGUGGGUGAGGAAACAGUGUCCAGGUAGUGGAGAAGAGGCAGUGACCCUUGUGGAAAGCUUGAAGGGAGAUCCUCGGAGACUAUGGCAGUGGAUUGGCAUCCAAGUUCUAGGACAAGAGAUCCCGUCUGAGAAGAUGAACUCGACACACUGCCAAGGUGGUGAGGUGGAGCCCAGGCUGGAAGUGGUGCCUCAGGACCUCCCCCUUCAGAAUUCACCCUCAGCUCCUGGGGAGUUGCUGAGCCAUGGUGUGAAAGAGGAGUCAGACAUGGAACCAGAGUUAGCUCUGGCUGCUGCCCAGCUUCCUGCCAGACCAGAGGAGAGGCCUAGCAGAGACCAGGACAUGGGAACAGCAUUUCUCCCAGCAGUACAUCAGGAGCAGUGGAGAAACCUGGAUUCUACUCAGAAGGAACAGUACUGGGAUUUCAUGCUGGAGACCUAUGGGAAAAUGGUCUCAGGAGCAGGUAUUUCUAACUCCAAACCUGACCUGACUAACAUAGCAGAAUAUGGGGAAGAACUGGCAGGACUACAACUUCACAUCAGUGAGAAGAUACCAAGACUCACCUGCAAAGAAGACAGACAAGAAAAUGACAAAGAGAACCUAAACUUGGAAAAUCACAGGGACCAGGGUUCUCUGGAUGUUUUCUGCCAGGCAUCAGGUGAGGCACCACCACAGACUGCGUUGGAUUUCCUUGGUGAGAGUGAGCUGCAUCGCUUUGGAGGAGAGAAUGUCCCUGAAGCUCUGGAAAGCCUUCAGAGUGAGGGACCACCAGGGGGGCAGCUCUUUCCUCCUGAAAGGGUCCCUGGGAAACAACUAGGUCAGCACAUACAGAGCUCUUCUUCAGGAGAGCUGUCUGCCUUGUGGCUGGAGGAGAAGAGAGAGGCCUCUCAGAAGGGACAGAGCAGAGCUCCCAUGGCCCAGAAACUGCCCACCUGCAGAGACUGUGGGAAAACCUUCUAUAGAAAUUCACAGCUUGUUUUCCACCAAAGGACUCAUACGGGAGAGACAUACUUUCAUUGCCCCAUUUGCAAAAAAGCCUUUCUGCGAAGCUCAGACUUUGUGAAACAUCAGAGAACUCACACAGGAGAGAAGCCCUGUAAAUGUGAUUACUGUGGCAAAGGCUUUAGUGACUUAUCAGGCUUGCGCUACCACGAGAAAAUCCACACAGGAGAGAAACCCUAUAAAUGCCCCAUCUGUGAGAAAAGGUUUAUUCAGAGGUCAAACUUUAAUAGACAUCAAAGGGUUCACACAGGUGAGAAACCUUACAAGUGUACCCACUGUGGCAAGCGCUUCAGCUGGAGCUCCAGCCUGGAUAAGCAUCAGAGAUCACACCUGGGGAAGAAGCCCUGCCCAUAGCCUCUCCCCACCAGCCUGCCAGUCAUUGCAGCCCUGCUCAGCUCUGCCUGGAGGGCCUGCCACCAGAGAGGACCUCUCCUCCUCUCUUGGAGGGAGAGGAGCUGGGCACUGUUUUGACAUGGAGGGAUAUUAUUCUGAUUGGAUUUCUUGGUUUAGCUUUUCCUUUUGCACCAGGAAAAGAAACCAGUCUCCCUUUUUCAGCUGGUCUCUUACUUUGAACCCCUUGGGAAAGACAUGCCGUGUAGAUAAUGGCUUUAGUAGCUUUCUCUGACAAGAACCUAACUGAUAAGGCCUUGAUUGCUGCUAGCAGUGAGAACCUCAGAUCAACUUUAGAACUGUGGGUCUAGAGCAGGCUGUCUGUUGCAGAAGGGGAGGUAGGGAGGCCUGAGUACAUGAUGUCUUUGUCAGACAGGUGGCAAAGUUCUCAUUUAACUGUCCCUUAUUUGAAAUAAACUGAGCUGAGUUAGUCUCUGUCUUCCUUGUA